GUCAGAAGUCCUCCUCAAAGACUCAAUCCCUCAGUCUAUCUGAUGCCACCAAGAACGAGCGGUAUAAGAAAGCCAGGGUCUCGUCGCAAGAUUGCGCUGGCAUGCGAACCCUGCAGGGAAAAAAAGGUUCGCUGCGAUGGGAAGAAGCCAAUCUGUGGGCCUUGCGAACGACGCUCCUACACCAUCGAGCGCUGCGUUUUCAAGGCUGAGAAUGCUAGAUCUGCAAGCAAUGAUGAGUAUCUUGGUGUUCUUCACAAGCGCAUUCGAGAUCUGGAAGAGUUAUGCAGCAAAGGAGGAAUUGUCGUGCCACCUGCCGCGUCUCAAGAUCCCAUUGAAGUCGAGAGGUCCACGGGGGCUCCAUCCUUUGGAAUACCUGCAGAAGACACACGAUUGGAAUCUUCCGAGCCUGAAGAACCCGUGCUAGAUUCAGCGCCAACACCAGGUAUCGCUCAGCCUGAGCCAGAAGAUGCUGCUUCUUCUAUACUGCCAAAUCUAGAACAAACCAACAAUAUUCCUGCAGGGCCUCGGGAGUUGAUACGACCAAGAGAAGAGAUAUAUCGUGCAGUGCCAAGCAUCUCACAUACCAGCGGUCUACAAGACUGUCGCAUAACGCAAACAUAUAAUGACAGCGUAUACACCUCUUCUCCUCUUGAUCCCAGAAGUAAUGUCACUGCUAUGGGGGCGAUAUCAGUAGCCGACGAUACUGAAGGAGCUUCUCCGCGACAACAAUACUACGGUAGCUCGUCAGUCGCCUCGUUCAUGCGUCUUGCCAAGGAUUCAAUGCCCGUACGGUCUUAUAUGCAAUCUAUAACGCGUCACGAAAGCCUUUCUGAAACAGCCCAAGCAUCGAAUCCCCAUGAUACCAGUGCGAUGCUGCGGGGACUCUAUAAACCUUCCCCACGUUUCCAGUUCGACGACUUCUCAUUGCCACCACGACCUUUGGCGGAUCAUUUACUAGAUUGCUAUUGGGAAAGAGUUCAUUGUCUAUACCCCUUCUUUCAUCGGCCCAGCUUUGAACAAGCAUAUGAAAAUCUCUGGGGAUCCAGCAAACAGCCCCAACACAAAUUGUGUGAAUUGAAUAUUGGAUUGGGGGGUAUCUUCGACACAAAGCCAAACUCCAUCAUUAUGCACUGUGCAUUGAACGCCAUGUUCGCGUUGGGAUGCCAUUUCUCUGAUAUCCCCCCUACAGAACGAGAGGCGGCAUCUUAUUCUUUUUUCCUUCGCUCGAAAAACUUUGUCGGUCUUGAUCUUCUUGAAUAUGGCACUAUUGGAGUGGUUCAAACAUUAUUGGUCCUCGCGCUCCUUCUACAGAGUACCCCAUAUCCGGCUAGAUGCUGGAAUGCAAUUGGCCUAGCCUGCAGGGUGGCUCAGGGCCUUGGUUUGCAUGAGGAAACGACAGGGCAAGAGUCAAUCAAGCCUUUGGAGCGGGAGGUCCGGAGACGUACAUGGAAUGGAUGCGUGUUGAUGGACAUGAUUGUUAGCAUGACAUACGGUAGACCAAGCAUGAUCUCCCACCUCUCGCCGGUACCACCACCGACAUCUGUUAGUUCUUGUCAAUCAAAUGACCCAUGUACCGUGUCUGGACAGGAAUGCGAUCAUAAGCUUGAUCGUAUGGCGUACUUUGUUUCGGCCAUCGAACUAUACCGGAUAUUAGACUGGAUUCUAUCAGACAUAUAUAAUGCAUGGCGUACUCGAACAUGCAAACACGCCUGUCAAAGUUGCGACAAUACUAAAAAGGGCGGCCUGGAUGUUAUAAUAGAAAUUGACAACACGCUGUCAUUGUACGAGUCUAAUCUUCCUUCAUUCUUGAAUUGGACUGGUCAGCAACCUCUAAAAUCCGUGGACGGCCCUAAUGCUUCAAUAUUCGAACGCCAAAGAAAUGUCCUCCAUGCAAGAUUUAUCCAUCUCCGUCUCCUCCUCUACCGCCCCAUGUUUACCCAGUUGUGCUCAGAGAAAGUUGGAAAUGCGCGUCGCUCUGGCCAAUCCGUUCAUGGAAAAGAUGAAACUUCGAUCCUUCUAGAGAAGAAUAUACUAUACGCUUCAGCAUCGGUAAAUUGCGCCGCUGUCUGUGUUAUGGCAGUGGUAGAUUUGAUAUCACUUGUCUACAGUACCUAUCAAACCUCGGCCACGGAUGCUUGGUGGUACAACGGAUUCUAUACAUCUACGGCUGGUUUCGUUCUCAUUAUGUCUUAUCCAUGCCGAUCCAUUCUCAAUUUACCUAAUCCUGGAGUCGUCGAAGAAUCCUGGCGCAAAUGUGAACAGAUCCUCUCCUACAUGUCUUCUUUUAGCAUCUCCGCACGAAGUACACUUCAUUUUCUUCAGGCGACACAUCACCAAAUUGUCCAGCACUACUCUGGUUCGAAUCAAUCCUCCAAUUCAUUCGCUGCUGGAACGGCAAAUGCGCACCAAGAUCGAUCACGACCUGCAACCCAACAUGGUUAUUCCGGUGAACCUUACGGCGCGGACACACCCAGACAAUCUGACAUACCAGGCCCAUCUAACAAUGCGUUUAUGUCGUGGGACGAAAUGGGAUAUGGUCCUGAUGAAUUUGGCUUCCUAGGGAGGUUCGACAUGCCGGAUAUCACCAGCUGGUUUUCGGAUAUGCCGGGCUGAAGUAUGGCUGUUCCUCUCUUAUAUAUAUGCUGUUUAUUCAUCUCCCGGUCCAAUGUCAUAUUACAUGAUCUGGGCAUCUCAGUCCUCCAAGUUGAAGAAUCCUAUCGAAGUCAAUCCGCAUCGAGGUCAGCUACAAAACCGGACCUAUGUUUACGCCAUUCACAUAGUCGCGUC